AAAAGCAGCCGCUUUCGCUUAGCCUCAGUAUAGUCGCGGUGUGUAGCCGUAGAAACAAACAAAACAAAGGACUUUAUCAAGGAUUUGUUUUGCGAUAACAAUUUGUGGAAGCAUGAAUCAGUGAUUAUGAGUGCUAUCUUUAGAAGUAUUUUGUAAUUCCCUUGUUUUAUUCAGAGGCGGAAUAUAAUGUCUACAGCGGCAUUGGGCAGCAUUCUUGACAAGUAGUGAUAAGCGAGCAUAUAUAACUUGUUCUAUGUUCAUGUCAAAUCAUGUCUGCCUUCUGAGCUGAAGCCGGAAUAUUGUGCAGUCGUUUCAAAUUUCAGUAUACAUUUGAUCCCACUUUUUAACUUAAUAUGUCUUGUGAUUUGGAUACCCCACAAACAUACAACAGUCUUGUGUUUUUCGAUCUUGAAACCACAGGGCUUCCUGCAUAUCAUUGUCCAAAAAUAACAGAACUAUCUUUUUGUGCUGUUGAGAGACACCAAUUUCUUAAUGGCCAACCCAAAGCGAUGCCACGUGUCACAAAUCGUUUGAACCUUUGUAUUUACCCCUCCAGACUUGUUGAUCCAGAGGCCACCAACAAAACAAAACUUGACAACUACAACUUGGAACAUCAAAGCAGAUUUGACGAAGAUGUUUUCAAUCUUAUCUACAGUUUCCUGAACAGGCUAAAGAAACCAAUCUGUCUGAUUGCUCAUAAUGGAUAUAAUUUUGAUUUUCCUAUUCUCAGGUCUGAAAUAGCAAAAUUGGGAAAGGAAUUACCCGGAGGAAUCUUUUGUGCCGAUUCAUUAAUAAUCUUUCGAAAAUUACAAAAUAACCCUUCAACAAUCGCCAUCAUGGACUUCGCGUGCCCAACAGUUAUGACGAAUUUCGCUGAUCCCCUUCCUGUGUCAAACAAUGUUAACCCCUUUCAACUUAUAAAUGAGAAAACGCCCGAAAAGAGGAAAGUUAAUGAACAAUAUGGAAACAGAAAUGGCGAACCGAAAUGCAGGAAACGAUUACCAUUUCGAUUAGAGGACGUGUACGAAAGAGUUUAUGGCGAAAAGCCUCCAAUGUCACACGAAGCUGAGGCUGAUGUUAUUGCGCUUCUUUUGGCAGCCAUAGCAACUCCUGUAGAAUUUUUAAAUGCAAUCGACUCUGAGUCCAUUCCGCUCGUUAGUAUCAAAAAGUGCUGGUAAUUUAGUAUUUUUAGAAUUUGACUAACUGACAAUCGACGUCAACUGCGUCAACUACAAAUUUUAUAAACUCGAAUUGACCUUUUUGUGACAAAUUUAACUUGCAUGUUUUAUGUGAGUUUCGUGUCGAUAUUUUCAAUACAUUGACAAUUUUUACAACUUAA